CUGCAGCUGCGCAGUCACAUUUCCGUCCCCGCCCCCGAUAAACUGCAGAACGAUCUGUCAUGGUGGCCGGGAUGUUAGGUUUGUGCGGCCGCCGCCUUUUGGCGGUGGCGGCGAGGCGAAGGCUCCCGGCUGCCCGUGUUCGCUGGGAAUCCAGCUCCUCCAGGGCUGUGAUCGCCCCGUCCGCUGUGGCGGGAAAGCGGCCGCCGGAACCGACUUUACGCUGGCAGGAGGACCCAGAUCCCGAGGACGAAAACCUCUACGAGAAGAACCCAGACUCCCACGGUUAUGACAGGGACCCUGCUGUGGACCUCUGGAACAUGCGGGUCGUCUUCUUCUUUGGCUUCUCCAUCAUCUUGGUCCUUGGCAGCACCUUUGUGGCUUAUCUGCCUGACUACAGGAUGCAGGAGUGGGCCCGCCGGGAAGCUGAGAGGCUUGUAAAAUACCGAGAGGCCAAUGGCCUCCCCAUCAUGGACUCCAACUGCUUCGACCCCAGCAAGAUCCAGCUGCCAGAGGAUGAGGACUGACCGGUUACUGAAAGGGGCUUAAGAAGCACCACCUUCUCCACCCCUUGUCUGCCAUUCUGCCCUCUCUUCAGAGCACCUAAUUAAAGGGACUGAAACUGU